UAACAGCCUGCUCGAGAGUCAUCUCUUAAGGAAAGGUCGUUCGUGAAAGGUGUUUGAAAUCUUUUGCUUUGUAGAUAUGAAGAAUGACCAUGUUGCAUGUGCUACUGAGGAGAGAAAUACAAUGUCAUGCCUGGGCAUACUUAACACUGAUUCCAAAGAAAGAAAAAACAGUUCCAAGUUACUGCCUCUGUGGGCAUAGAAAGUUGUCAAAUCACACGCCUAAAAACAUUAAAGACUUUUACAGGCUGCUUAAACUUCAGGAAGGCUGUUCUUUGGAUGAUGUCAGAAAUUCAUAUCGAGAUCUUGCCAAAAAGUACCACCCAGACAGUGGUUCAUUUACAGCAGAUUCUGCAACUUUUGUGCAAAUUGAAGAAGCAUACAGAGUGGUACUUAAUGAUGUUGCCGAGAAAAUGAAAUUAAAUGAAAAGGAAGAGGAGGAAGAAGACAAAUUCAAGUCUCUAGCACCACAACACAGACAGUACUUAAGUUUUGAAGGUAUUGGUUUUGGUACUCCAAGUCAAAGAGAAAGACAGUAUAUGCAGUUUAGAGUUGAUCAGGCUUCUGAACAGGUCAUGGAAUACCGCAAGCAGAAAAUGGAGGGCCAGUUAGCUACAAGCAGUGCAAUGUUAGCAAAAGAUGUAAGGCAAAGUAAGAAGGUAAAAAUCACCCAAGCAAUUGAAAGGCUUGUUGAAGACCUCAUUCAGGAAUCUAUGGCAAAAGGAGACUUUGAUAACCUUAGCGGUAAAGGAAAGCCGUUGCAAAAAUUUUCAGACUGUCCACAUAUUGAUCCUAUGACUCACAAUCUGAACCGGAUUCUGAUAGACAAUGGGUACCAACCAGAAUGGAUCCUAAUGCAGAAAGAAAUCCGGGAAACAAUUGAAAAAUUAAGGAAGGAUUUGAUUGCUUCCAGGAAUAAACUGGGAGAUCAAAUGACACCAUAUAAAAUCAACCUCUGGAAUGAGAUCUGUGAACAGUUUAUAGAAAAUAUCAAGAAAUUAAACAAAAGGAUUAAUGAUUUCAACUUAAUUGUUCCAAUUCUCAGCAGACAGAUGGUGCAUUUUAAUGCCAACAAAGAAAUUGCACGUGCACAGGAACUCAGUGAAACCCAGAGGGAAAAAGCAAAGGCUGCAGAAAACACAAAACAAGCAGGACAUGAAUGUGGCAGAGAAUCUGAUCUUAAAACCAGUUUUUUAAAAUGGAUGAAUCUUAUUUUGAAAUAAGAUUGAGAUGAUAAACACUAACAGUCACAUCACUUCCACAAAACAUCCAGAUUUUCUGUGUACUGAUAUAAUAAGCCACAUUUCCUACUUCAACAACUUUGCCAUGGAACUAUGCAAAUAAAUCAACGCAUUUCUUCUUGCUUUUCUCAAUGUUUCUUCAUUUGUGUGUGUGUCAAAUUAGAUAAUUUAAA